AUGGUUCCUCUGCUGUUUCUGCUGUUCUUUGGAUAUAUCCUUUCAAUUCCUGGCUGUCCCCAGAAGUGCUUUUGUAUCCGCUCUUUAACAGAUUGCCAGCAUGCCAAUCUAGAUGAAGUUCCUCCUGAUUUUGACCAAAAAACAGAAACAUUGAUCUUGAAUGAAAACUGUCUACAUCUCAUUCCACGAGGAGCCUUUCAGAACUUCCAGAAUCUAACUUUCCUUGGUUUAGCUCACAACAAGCUCUCACUUCAGAAUGAUUCUUUUGAAGAUAUCAGCAACAGCAUCCUCUCUUUGGAUCUCUCUGGAAACAGCUUCACAGACCUGCCAUCAAAAUUGUUCAAGAACACAAAGAAACUUGUUUGGUUAAACUUAGCCAAUAACAGACUAGAUCUUCUGGAUAUCAACAUUUUCAGCUCCUUAGAAAAACUCACUUACCUGGACCUCUCCAAUAACAGACUGCAGAAGCUUACAUCCAUGUUUGUAGGUCUCUCUCAGCUUGAUACCUUGAUGCUGGCUAGUAACUAUCUCCACACCAUACCACAAGGAGUUUUUGAUUCUACUCCUAAACUUAAGAUCCUUGAUCUGUCACACAACAAAAUAAGCCAUUUGCCCAAGUGUUUAUUUAACAGCACAAUGAAUCUCAAUGACUUGCUUCUUGAUGAUAAUAAUUUUACAGUGAUACCACGUGCUGUAUUCACAGUCUUCCACAACCUAGAGCAUUUCUCAAUUUCUAAAAAUAGAAUCCAAAAUGUUUUACCAUUUGUGUUUGUUAGCAAGUUAAGAAAACUUGACCUAUCUAAUAAUUUACUCUCAGUGCUGCCUUGUGAUUUCCUUUCAGGUUUGAAGCAGCUGGAAGUUCUCAAUUUAUCUUUAAAUUGUUUUGGAAAAUUUCCCAGCAAUCUAUUCAUAAAUAAUACUAAGCUAGCAUUUCUGCAUUUGGAUAAAACCUGUCUCAGCACUUUACCCAUUGUUUCAGGCCUUCGAAAUAUGAGUGAGCUGACACUGUGCUGUAAUGCCAUAAAAAGCUUGGCAAGAAAAUUCACAGACAAUAUGGUCAAUUUGAAACUGUUGGAUCUCUCCAAUAACAACAUCACAAAAAUAGAGGAUGGUGCACUUAAGAUGAAUCCUAAUCUCACAAAAGUAGUUUUGACUGGGAAUCCAGUUUUUACAACUGAAAGAAUUAAUUACACUUUCAAAGGGUCAGACUGA